AUGAUGCUCCAGAUGGAGUGGAUGCAGGCCCGGUGGGAGCGAGAGGCGUCUCUUCGCUCGGACGCAGCAUAUGCGAAGAAGUUCCUUCAGCUGCAGCUCAACAUUGCACAUGCUUGCAACAAAGCUCAGCUCCGCGAACUCGAACACAUCCGCACCAAGGUCCUCCAAAGCCGCAAACCUCUUGCCCUCCCCAAACCCCCAUCCUUCUCAUCAUCCAGUGGCUCAUCGCCCAACCUCAAGACCUUCCUCAUCAUGGCCCGCUUCAUCGCGCGAACACGCAUCGCUGCCCGCAACUGGGCCGGCCAAGAAGCUGUCCGCCAAAAGCUCCGCACGGCAAUCGAAGAAAAGCGACAAAUUAAGCGCUCGAAGCAGCUCAAAGUUGUCGCUGCUGAUGUCUACUAG